UCCUCAGAGGCUCAGUGUGUGCGCGGGAGUGUUGCACGGUGGACGUGUUGCAAGAUUACUCUAAAUCCUUUGUGACGUAAAUGAUUUUGAUUUCGAGCUAAAUAUCGCAAAAGCAUUGUGCAAAAAUGAAAGUGGACAAAGAAACAUGUGUGUCUGAGGAAGCUAAGCCUAUGAUAUCCGACAGGAAGGGCAGUCUGAAGGUGACGAUCACUCCCGCCCAGCACAAGACCCUAACUCACCUUCCGAAAAGGCCGCCAGUGGAUCUGGCUUUCACAGAUCUCACAUACAAAGUACAGGAAGGCCGGAAAAGCAAUGUGAAAACUAUCCUCAAGUCAGUCUCGGGGAGGCUUCGCUCCGGCGAGCUGACGGCCAUCAUGGGUCCAUCAGGCGCUGGAAAAUCAACGCUGCUCAAUAUAUUGACUGGUUACAAGACUUCUGGGAUGGAGGGUAGUAUCACCGUGAACGGGAUGGAGCGUAAUCUGUCCAGCUUCCGCAAACUGUCAUGCUACAUCAUGCAGGACAAUCAGUUGCAUGGAAACCUUACCGUAGAAGAGGCCAUGUCUGUUGCGACGGCUCUCAAGCUGCCUAGCGCUACCACCAGGGACGACAAAGAGGAAGUGAUACAAGAGAUUCUUGAAACCCUCGGUCUGUCAGAGCAUCACAAAACGAUGACGUCAAACUUGUCCGGGGGACAGAAGAAGCGGUUGUCGAUAGCUUUAGAGCUGGUCAACAAUCCGCCGAUCAUGUUCUUCGAUGAGCCGACAUCCGGUUUGGACAGUUCCUCCUGUUUCCAAUGUAUAUCACUGUUGAAGACCCUGGCCAGGGGUGGCAGGACCAUCAUCUGCACCAUCCACCAGCCUUCCGCGAGAUUAUUCGAAAUGUUCGACCAUUUGUACACGUUGGCGGACGGGCAAUGCGUCUACCAGGGAUCCACUGGGAGACUGGUGGAAUGGCUGGGGAGUCUAGGGCUCCAGUGCCCGUCGUACCACAACCCGGCAUCGUUCAUCAUCGAGGUGUCCUGCGGCGAGUACGGAGACAACACCGGCAAGCUGGUCCGAGCCAUCGAGAACGGGAAAAAUGAUAUCAGGACCGGGAUGCCGCUUCCGAAGCCUCUGGAGUACAACAACAAACCGGAUAUGGAGGCUUCGCUGAAGAACGGCUGGGAUAAGAACGACGCCUCACAGUUCAGAGACAAGGAGGCCAAUGGGAACGGGAACACUAACGUACAGAACGGCAUAGUGCAGUACAGCGACGUGGCCAGGGCGAAAGGUGAUCUCCUGGUUCAAGUGGAUACUGAGAAACAGGACAAUGCGGAAGUUGCGCUUCUGGGAACGGAAGCUUCACCUAGAAGGUACGCCACCUCCGAGCUGGUGCAGUUCUGGGUGGUGCUGAAGAGGACCUUACUGUUCAGUAGGAGGGAUUGGACCUUGAUGUAUCUGCGUCUGUUCGCCCACAUCCUGGUAGGGUUCCUGAUAGGGGCGCUGUACUACGACAUCGGUGACGACGGCUCCAAGGUCCUCUCGAACCUCGGCUUCCUGUUCUUCAAUAUGCUCUUCCUCAUGUACACUUCGAUGACCAUCACUAUACUUAGCUUCCCACUAGAGAUGCCGGUGUUAGUGAAGGAGCAUUUCAACAGAUGGUAUUCCCUCCGCUCAUACUACCUGGCUAUAACCGUCUCUGAUAUACCAUUCCAGGCCAUCUUCUGUAUCAUCUACGUGGUGAUCGUGUACCUGCUGACGUCACAGCCCUUGGAGUGGUUCAGGUUCAGCAUGUUCCUGUCCUCGUGUCUGCUGAUAGCCUUCGUGGCUCAGAGCGUCGGGCUCGUUGUAGGGGCAGCCAUGAAUGUGCAGAACGGCGUGUUCCUGGCGCCGGUGAUGUCUGUUCCGUUCCUCCUGUUCUCUGGUUUCUUCGUGUCCUUCAACGCCAUCCCGGUGUAUCUGAGGUGGAUAACGUACGUGUCCUACAUCAGGUACGGCUUCGAGGGAACCGCUCUAGCCACGUACGCCUUCAAUAGGACCAAGCUACAGUGCCAUCAGGUGUACUGUCACUUCAAGAACCCCGAGACGAUCCUUGAAGAGCUGGACAUGAUGAACGCCGAUUUCACACUGGACAUCGCAGCGUUAUGUCUCAUAUUCCUAGUACUGCGUGUAUCAGCUUUCCUCUUCCUGCGUUGGAAACUCAGAUCCACCAGAUAAACCUGUAGCCUAGCAGUAGUUGGUUAUAAUUUCGUUUAAAAGUUGUGAUAUCGUGUUUCAUCGAAUAGUCUUAUAACGUUGCUAUGACAAUUAUUUAUGCAUAGUGCCUUGAUGAUGUGAUAAAUACAGAAAAAUCUAUAAAUAAUAUAUUAUUAUAUGACAUCUGUUACAUUGUGCUCAAACUAUUGCCGCCAUUUUGGAUCGGUUCUUUGUAAUUCGUUCAAGUGUUCGUUUGUCGCGGGACUGUCGUAUGUUUGUCUGUUAUAAAAAAAUUCAACAGAUUACUAUUGACCAAUUUUUAAUAUUUUUUUUAUAUUUUUGUUCGUUAUGAUGUUGACAUUAAGUUUUUUGUACGCUCUAAACUUUAGACGUGAUAACGUUUGCUCACUAUGUUUGCCUCCCGGCUUGCCUUUAUUGUCAGCUGAGGUAUGAUGAAUAUGAAACAUUUAAAUUAUAUGAAAUAUAAAAAACUAUAAAGCAUUCUAAUUUUAGGUAUAAAUAUUGAACUAGGGAUCACGGUUAUGUUUUAUUGUACUUAGUUUUGUAAACAAAAUAUAUUAUACGGUCCAAUAUUACGGUUAGUUGUGGUUAGAUUUUACCAAGUUUAUAUAUUUUUUAUUAAACGGUUUAUAUACAA